UUUUCAUUAUUCUAUUGAUUUUUUCAUUAAAUUAUCGAAUUAUCAUUAAAUUAUUGAAUUGUUAUAUUUUUAUCGAAUAAUUAUAUUUUUAUCAAAUUAUUAUAUUUUUGUUGAAUUAUUAAUUUUUGAUGUUGAUUUUGUGAUUAUGUUAAUUUUGUAACUUCUUAGCGCUUAAAAAGUAGUUAACACCGUACAUAAGGUGUUAACAGCGUAAAAAACAGAAAUACUAUAGAAACUGUAAUACUAUAGAAACUGGUAAAUACUGUGGAAAUUAGUAAAUACUAUAGAAACUGUGUAAAUACUAUAGAAAUUGGCAAAUACUGUGGAAAUAAGUAAUACUAUAGAAACUGUAAUACUGUGAAAACUGUGUAAAGGGUGAAAACUGUGUAAAGGGUGAAAACUGUGUAAAGGGUGAAAACUGUGAAAGGUGUGGAAACUGUGAAAGAAUUGGAAACUGUGAAAGAAUUGGAAACUGUAAAAGAGGUGGAAACUGUAAAAGAGGUGGAAACUGUGUAAAUACUGUCGAAAUUGUGUAAGAUUUGGCGAUGGACUGGAAUGACUUGAGGGUGUCUUCUACGGUUCAUUUGAGUAACAACUCUGUGAUUAAUUUAUUCAAACUCUCCCGCGAAUUUCCCAGAGACUUACACCAUAAACUCGUAGACAAACAUUUACAUAAUCAUUUGGAUGGGAAAAUUUGGGAUAAACUUUCAGAUGAACAUUGGGAUAAACUGGACGGGAAAUCGCUGGACUAUGGGAGGAUAUUUGAGUCUGAGUUUUUGAACUCUGCGUUUGUUAACUUUCACAAGGAUCUUCAGCUCUGGGACAGAGACAAACUCACCGUCAUUGACAUCAUCACCAAACGACUCAGAACAUCACUACACUCCACACAAUCCAAUCUACCUCCCAACACCAGUGCACCAGGUCCCAACAAUUAUCGGGAUCCCAGGAGUUUACCGGAUCCUAGGAAUGAUAUGAAUGGUAGGACUGUACCACAUGUUAGGAGUGGUGAUGAAGAGUUGGUAAUGGAUUUGGAGAGUGAGUUGUUGAUAAGUUGGUUGGACAGGUAUGUGUCUGAUAUAUCAAAUAUAAGUUCGGGUAGUAAAAUAUUUAUGGAAAAUGCAGUAAAAUUGUUAAAGAAGGUGGAUUUGGCCCCGGUAAACCUGUUAAAUUUCAUGUUUAGUUUGGUUAAAUUAGCCGCAGCUAAGCCGCAAAACUUUUUUCACAAGUACUUAAAACUGUCACUCGCACAACUUGAAAAACAAGCCUUCAGUAAUUUACACUAUUACAUUCUUAACACUAGGCAACUUUUCCUCAAUGACCUGAUUUUAAACACGGAAUUAACACCCGCAGAGACGCUUAAACUUGUUUUUCAAACUGCAAACACUUUUUAUGCCAGUGACGGUGGGAUCAACGGUUUUAACACAGGGAAAUUACCCGAUUAUUACUUUUUCAUUCUUUAUUUACUCUUCAGGUCCGGGUCACAUAGUUCUAUAAGCCUAUUAUUAACAUAUUUAGAAAAGAAUUCGGGUAUCUCUGGUACCAGGGAUAUUGAGGGAUUUAGCAUGAGUUUGCAUGAGGUACCGCCGCUGUUUACCGAUUUGUGCCGUGUGUUAUUGAAUAUUUUACUUGAAAAAUGCGAUAAUACUGAUUUACUGCCACAGUUUCUCUCAAAGUAUCCGCAGUCCGGUGCUACCAGAGUUGACAACACUAACCCACUGGUUAACUAUGGGACCGGGGUGAACCCUAUGACUGUUAACACGGUAAACAUAUGGUUGGAGAUGUUAUUGUCGAUAGUGUUUCCGGAUAACUAUGUGGAGUGUGAUGUGAGUGUUUUGACGAGGGAGGACUACAUAUGGUACAAGCUGCGGCUAAUGUUAAAUUCCGGCAGUUUAGUGGUAAGAUCCUACGAGUUGUGUAAAUCCCUGACGCAGGAGAGUAUUAACGCUACGGACAAGGAUUUAUUCGACAGAAUCGUGUCGUACGCUUACUGCAUGGCGUUGAGUGGCGGGGUCAUGGAGUCGCUGAGGCUACUAAUGUCAGCAGUUAAAGUACCGCAAGUACAGUCAAUCGCCAUGGUUUUCACAGUUCUGGGUGAAAACUGCGGCCUCUUCGACUUUGAAGAAGUUAACUUCGUCUCAUACGCACUGUGGAAUUUCGUGGACCAGAAUAACAAACUAGUAAAGUCACACAACACAGAGGAACUGUCGUAUCUUUUACUACUCGCAUUCAACAGGAAUCGGAACGUCUCAACAGAACUCAAAGUUCUUCUAUCAACCUUGUUGCCUGUGAGUAAGAGCAUGUUGGGUGUGAAGUAUUGUGUUUCGGAGAACUUUAACGACGCGGUGAGUCCGGCGUAUUUGGGCAGUUCCGUGACAAAGGACGGAAUGUUACUGGUCGGCCCGCUACUCCAGAAGUUAAUCAAGCUCUCCAGUAGAAGAAACGCGGCUAAAUACGCCAUACUCCUACUCGCACAAUACUGCGCAUACGUAGGACUCCACGCCGCUGCCUUCAAAUGCUUCUACUGCAUUCAAGACACCGAUAAUUGCGCAGCGGUUUUGGAGGCGUGUUGCUGUUACUUGUAUGACAAGGACGACGGGAAGAAAACGUUCAGCAUUGAUGAUCUACUCGUUUACUACACACUCACAAAGAACUUAUCGCCUGGGAAUAAGCACGUGUUGGAGUUGAGGAGGACGUUUAGUUGCAUAGAAUUGUGCGUGUUGGUGAAGAAUAAUAAAUACUUUGAAGCCGUUUCAUACUGCAAGAAACAUAAAGUCUUUGAUAACUCAUUGCUGAUAUUGAGAAAUGAGUCACACCAAAUCUACUUCAACGCACUCUUCUCCUACAUCAAAGCUCUCAAACUUCUCAUCGCCACAGGAUCUCAACCGUUGGAGUUGGUGAAUGUGGGAGAUGCGAGUAACUUGUUGGAUUUGUUGGAGGCGGCGUAUCAGAACCCAAACACAGAUCGCAAAUUAACAAUAGAAGCACUACACACACUACUAACCUUCAUCUCCAUUAAUCCCACCAAAUAAUUUCAUCACACACUUUAUAA